ACUGACCAAUCAUCUAAUAAAUAAUCAUGUGCAUAACAUUAUACAGUCACAUAAAAUCCAAAUAUAAAGAAAACAUACAAGACCAGAUGAUACUCUGAGAAUCGAGGACAUAAUAAUAUUAUGUCCUCAAUAUCAUUCUUACUGACAUCUUUAUAAUCUUAUGUGUCAAAAUUUGCUAGUAAAAGAUUGUUGAUAAUUGAAUACAAUAAGUGGUUCGGUUAUCUCUAUUAAAAAAUGGACACCAAAGCGAAAAAAGAAAGUGGAAAACUUAAUAUUGUCGACAAUGAUGUUGAUUUCUGGAAAAUAUGGGAGUCCAAUCCAAAAGAGUUGGAGCGACAAUUUGCUCCAAUAAUGUGGAUUGUGAACAAAGACAAGAAGGAAACCUAUGAUACACACAUCAAAGUAUCAACAAUCGAGACGGUUAAAGCUCGAGAAUGUGUCCCAUGUAAAUUGGACGUUUCUUACGGGAAUCAUGCGGAGAAAGUCAUGGACAUUUACGGAACUGAUCUGCCUUCAAGUGCUCCCACUUUGUUCUUUGUUCAUGGUGGGUAUUGGAGGUCGGGUAAAAAAAGUUGGAGUGGGCCCAUGGUGAGAAAUGCAUAUUCUUGGGGUGUGCGAACGAUUGUAAUCGACUAUCCUUUAGCCCCUCAAGCCAGACUGGGGACAAUAUGUAACGCCACUCAAGAAUGUCUAUCUUAUGCAAUGCAAAUGUUUCCGGAAUCCACUUUUGUCAUUGCUGGUCACUCGGCCGGUGCACAAUUGUUAUUGUCUCUGUUUCACAAAAUCCCUGGCGUGAUGAGCAUCUCCGACAAUCUCAAGAAACGUGUAGCUGGGGCAUUUCUCAUAUCCCCACCUUACGACAUGCGACCAGUCAUUGGCAUUCGCAGCAUAAACAAAGCACUUCAACUUAAACCAGAAGAAGUUGAUCAGUUCAGUGCUGUGCUAACUGUGAGUCAAAUUCACCCAGGAUGGUUUCAAAAUCAGGGACAAGUGGAAUUUUCUUUCUGCAGUGGAGAACAUGAUCCUCCGGCGCUUAUUCUACAGGGGGAAAUGUAUGCUGCCAUGCUAAAACAGGCCGGAUUCUCUGUAAAUUUCCGAAUAAUUUCAGAGUACGACCACUUUACUCUGAUAGAUAACAUGGUAGAUGCUCAUUCGGAAAUCACGAACACACUGAAGAAUUUUGUGCUACAUUGCUCAGAAUCAAAGAAGAAAGCAAACCUGUGAAAUAAUAUCUAGAUGCGCAUGCAUACGCAUAGAUUUCCUUCAAGGGCUUUUGCAUAAAAUUUAAUGGUACAUAUUGAAUAAGCACUACAUGAAGCAUCAUUAAGAUGUGAUUGUAAAUAAAUGGGGAUUCAUAUAGUUUUACAUUUCUCCUGCCAAACAUUUGCUGACUUUCACUUUUACACGUGCAAGUGUAGCGUUCCAUUAAUUGCAUACACUACUUAAGUUCCAAAUAAUUCUUUAGUAAAAAUACAUCAAAACAUUUGUGAAUUUUUCAUAAAACUGAUUUAUAUCUGCGCAAAAAAUAAAUAUUUGACAAAAUGUGACGUCUUAA